AUGUCGGCGUUAAGUCAACAGGAGGGCAGCAGCCGGAGCCUACCGAACCAAACCCCUUGUUUGAGUUAUUGGCAACGAACGACCCGGGCAUUUCCGCAUCUAUAUGCGAACAAAGAUGCGGAUGUCCCUCCAAAAUCCAAGUAUGUUGUCAUUGGCUCCGGCAUAUCAGGAAGCUUGACUGCUUUCGAGUUGAUACAAGAAGGAGUCAAGGGGCAGGACAUUGUCAUUCUCGAGGCACGGGAAGCAGCAAGCGGAGCAAGCUCGCGCAACGCUGGACAUGUGCGACCAGAUGCAUUCCGAGGCUUUAGUGCAUACUCUAAAGUUCACGGAGAGGAACAAGCUCUAAAGAUUAUACAAGAUGAGCGACUGGUCCUUCAAAGAGUAAAUGAGUUUGUCACCAAGCACAAUGUGCCCUGCGACUUCAAUUUAACUACAACGUUCGAUGUUUGCAUGACCACUGAUUUCGCCGCCUAUGAAAAGGAGAGUCUAGAAUCCUUCAUAAAGGCGGGAGGUGAUGCUUCACAUAUCAAAUUCUACGAAGGCGAAAAGGCCCAACAAAAGACCAGAGUUCCUGGAGCGAUCGCCGCAUAUGAAUGGCCAGCAGGGUCGAGCCACCCAGCAAAGCUCGCACAAUUCCUUCUUCAAACCGUCAUUUCCAAGGGAGCUCAGUUGCACACCCUUUGUCCUGCUACUGAAAUCAAAGCCAGCCCGACUUCCCGAAUGUGGGACGUCCAUACCGCGCGUGGAGUGAUCACAGCAGAGAAGAUCGUUCACUGCACGAAUGCCCACGCGGCCCUCUUACUUCCGCACUUGGAUCCCUAUAUGCGCCCAAAUCGCGCGCAAGCCCAUUCCAUCAUCCCAGUCCCAGAAUUCUCGGGAGGGAAAGCGCUGCAAAACACCUUCUCGCUCCGCUACAGUCUUCAUCACUUCUACUCACUCAUUCAGCGGCAAGCAGAUGGCACAUUCGUGCUUGGUGUAUCCCGAUCAAACCCGACAUUAAGUGCAGAGACCAUUGCUGGUCGUUUGAGCACUGAUGAUACUCGAUACAACGAGGAAAUUGUCCAGGAUGCUCUACGCAGCUUUGGUGAGAUGUUUCCCGAUUAUCUGUCUGAGACUGCCAUGCACGGCGAAGGCUUGGAUCAUGCUUGGACGGGAAUUAUUGCUAUGACUACCGACUCUGUUCCGUUUAUUGGCGCGAUUGAAUCUUUACCGGGACAAUAUAUUUGCGCUGGCUUCAACGGUCAUGGUAUGGCGAGGAUAUUCACCUGUGCCCCGGGAGUCGCUAAGCUUAUUCUUGGAAAACCCUGGGAUGAGACUGGGUUGCCUGAGUGUUUCCAAUUCACCGAAAAGCGACUGUCCCGACUCUCAGGUGGAGAUCUGCCGUCUAUUUGGUAG